GAAACUUGGGAGAAUUUUCAAGGGCAGGCCGCAAAAUAUCGACGCCAUGGCUUCAAGACCUUCCAAGAGGCGGAAGCUGACCCCACCCCUAUCAGACGAUGAACAUGCCCCCAAAGCCAGUUCCAAAAAGCUCAAGAAAGCUUUCCUGGCGAACGCUGCCAGCUGGAAUCUUGAGCAAGAUUACGAAUCCCGGCCCAGAAAAGGCAAGAAGAAGGAUAAGGAGAGCACCAGGCUGCCUAUCAAGUCGUCGGAUGGCCGCAUUGAACACCUCCAGACAUUGGAUGAUGACGAUGCGUCUGUAAAGAGCGAUGCCGAUUGGCUUGGGAGCGACGGGGAGGACGCCGCCGAACCAGCCCAGGCCCUCCUAAAACCUGCGCCGGAAGCGCCUCAGCUACCGGCCCGUGAGCAGGUCCGGAGGGCCCAGGAGGAGCUUGCCAAGUUGGCAACGCAGCUGAACGAAAACCCGGAGGAGCACCCGGGAGCCUUCAAGGCACUCGCCAGGCUGGGGCAGUCCAAGUUGCCCGCUGUCCAGAAGAUCUGCCUUGUCGCCCAAAUGGCGGUGUAUAGGGACGUGAUCCCGGGCUAUCGGAUACGUCCCGCCUCCGAGAGCCCUGCUGAGGAGAAGCUGUCCAAGGAUGUGAAGGUGGUACGGGCUUACGAACAGGCUCUUGUGUCUGGGUAUCAGGGAUAUAUCAAGGAGCUUGCACAAUAUGCAGUAUCCAGGUCUACAAACUCUCAGGAAGUGAAAGCUGGGAAGGAUCUGUCAACAAUUGCCAUCACUUGCGCCUGCACAUUGCUCAACGCGGUUCCCCACUUCAACUUCCGCAAUGAGCUCUUGAGGAUCCUCGUGAGGAAGCUCAGCUCAAGAAGGCCAGAUCAGACAUUCUACAAGUGCCGGGAUGCUAUUGAGACCCUGUUUAGGGAAGAUGAGGAGGGGAGACCCUCUCUGGAAGCAGUCUCUCUCCUGUCGAAAAUGAUGAAGACACGCGACUACCGAACGGACCAGAGCGUCUUGAACCUCUUCCUCCACCUGCGUCUUCUUUCCGAGUUCUCGGGCAAGGCAUCGCAGGACAGCGUGGAUCGCCCGACAAGAGAGGUUGUUCCAAAGGGGAAGAAGCAGAAAGAGAAGAGGGAGUUCCGUACGAAGAGGCUGCGGAAGGACCUCAAGGAGCAGAAGGCACUCCAGAAGGACAUGGCCCAGGCCGAUGCACUGGUCAGCCACGAGGAACGGGACCGCAUGCAAUCCGAUACCCUCAAGCUGGUCUUCGCCACCUACUUCCGCAUUUUGAAAGUGAGAUCUCCCCAGCUCAUGGGUGCCACUCUCGAGGGGCUCGCCAAGUAUGCCCACCUCAUCAAUCAGGAUUUCUUCGGAGACCUCCUCGAGGCUCUGAAGGAUCUUAUCCGCCAUAGCGACGAGGACAUGGAGGACCAGGGGGAGCAGUCCGACGAGGAUGACGAUGACAGCAUCCCAGUCGUCCGAAAUCCCAGCCGAGAGGCUCUCCUCUGCACCGUUACCGCCUUCGCGCUUCUCGCCGGCCAGGAUGCGCACAAUGCUCGGGCAGACUUGCACCUGGAUCUCUCGUACUUCACCACUCACCUCUAUCGGGGCCUCCUCUCCAUGUCCGUCAACCCCGACCUGGAGCUGAACGCAAAGUCCCUCCACCUGCCCGAUCCCGACAUGCCAGCCUACAACACGGCGAAAAACAAGGUCAACCUCGAGACCAUGACGGUGCUGAUCACCAGGUGCCUGAGCGCGGUCCUCCUUCCGCCCUGGAACAUCCGCUCCGUGCCCCCGCUGCGGCUGGCCGCUUUCUCAAAGCAGCUCAUGUCGGCGUCGCUGCACAUGCCCGAGAAGUCCUGCCAGGCGGUCCUCGCCCUGCUGGACGACGUGGCCAACACCCACGGGAGAAAGAUCAAGGCGCUGUGGAACACGGAGGAGAGGAAGGGGGACGGGACCUUUAACGCGCUGAGUCAGAGCAUCGAGGCCAGCAAUCCGUUCGCGACGACGAUCUGGGAGGGCGAGAUCUUGAGGAGGCACUACUGCCCAAAGGUCCGGGAGGGUAUCAAGAUGCUGGAGAAGACUCUGGCUAGUAGUUGAGAUGGGUCGAUGAUAUUGCAUGGCAUAACGGAGCGUGGUCAAU